AUGGCUCUGCAGAGCUCCAAGUACCGAAUGCCACAGAACGGUCCGGCGCAGGACGAUGCCACGCCGCCCACGGUUGCGCCGUUGCAGUUGCAUGGCAUCUCUGGCUACAAACAGCCGCAGACGCUGGCGAUGCGAGUGCAGGCGUACGGUGGACCCGAGUCGCUGUUGUGCAUGCUGCACGUUGCUCUGCGGUCUGCGGUCUGCGGUCUGCAAUCUGCAAUCUGCAGUCUGCAGUCUGCAGUCCUCGCUCUGCGCGCCGCAAUUUUGUGCGGCCAUGGCUGCGAGCUCUUCAUUUAG